CCCCCACCUGCCUACCCAUCCUCGUUUUGACGGGUGAUCUCUUGCUGCGAUCGCCCUUCAUCCGCCUCUCAACGGCACCACACUCAUUAUGAGCACGCCCAAGGAAGACUGGCGCACCCUCUGCUCCAGACGCAAGCAGAAGCAGAACGAGAACAUACCCCCAGAAUGGCGCAUCCAAGUCCCAUCGAAGGACGUACAGAAUGUCAUGGACGUCCCAUAUACCUGCGGCCUGCUAAGCCCUGAGGAACUUGCGCUCACCGAUCGCGACCUGGACGACCUUGUAGCGGACCUGACGAGCGGGAAGCUGAAGAGUGAGGACGCGACGAGGGCAUUCCUCAAGCGAGCGAUUGUCGCGCAUCAGGUGACCAACUGCCUGACGGAGAUCUUCGUCGACCGGGCGCUGGACCGUGCACGCGAAGUGGACAAGUACAUGGAGGAGCACGGAAAGCCAAUGGGGCCUUUGCACGGGCUGCCGAUUUCGUUGAAGGACCAGUUCACGAUGAAGGGUCUAGAGACCAUCAUGGGAUACGCUAGUAACAUCGGGAAAUUUGCUGAUCACGACUGCGUCCUCGUCGAGAUGCUCUACGAGCUCGGCGCUGUGCCGUUCGUGCGCACGAACGUCCCGCAGACGCUAAUGUGGGGUGAAACACAGAACAACGUCUUCGGACGAACCACAAACCCCUAUAACCACCAUCUCACAGCAGGCGGCUCCUCCGGCGGCGAAGGCGCCCUCCUCGCGAUGAACGGCAGCCCUCUCGGCGUCGGCACCGACAUUGACGGCUCCCUCCGCAUCCCCAGCGCCUUCUGCGGGCUCUACACCCUGCGCCCGUCCUACGAGCGCCUUCCCUACCACGGCGCGGCAAACGCGCUCACCGGUCAAGAGUCCAUCUCCUCCGUCCUCGGGCCAAUGUCGCACUCGCUCGGGUCCCUCAAGCUCUUCACCAAGGCGCUCGUAGACGCUCGGCCGUGGGAACGCGAUCCGCUCGUCGUGCGCAAGCCGUGGAAUGAGGACGAGUACAGGCUCGUGGACCACGAUCGCGGGAAGAGGAUGUGCUUUGGGAUGCUAUGGGAUAAUAAGGUUGUGAAGCCGCAUCCUCCGCUCAAGAGGGCGAUGGAGAUGGUGAAGAGGGCGUUGGAGGAAGCGGGGCAUGUCGUCAUUGACUGGGAACCGCUCAACCACGUCGAUAUCUACCGUGUUGCUCAAACGAUCCUAGUGGCGGACGGCGGAGAAGACUACCGCCGAGACUGCGAGGUCUCCGGCGAACCCCUCAUCACCUCUAUGAGCCCCGAGAAAGACGCACACCAAAUCGACUUAGAGGUCUCACUCGUCAAGAUGCUCACAGGGCCACCGCGCUCACGGAGCGCGUACGAGCUCUGGCAACUGCACACCGAAAAGCGAAACCUGCGCAAAGCCUAUCUCGACCACUGGAACGCGACUGCCAAGCGCACGGGCACAGGCAGACCCGUUGACGCCAUCAUCUCGCCCGCCGUCGCGUACACCGCUGUUCCACACGGCCUAAACUACGACUCGUUCUACACGACACUGGGAAACGCAAUGGACUACGCAUGCUCCGGCUUCCCGGUGACAGUCGUCGACCCCGAGCAGGACAUGCCGCACGACCCGCACGACUUCCAUAACCACGAAGACGCGGCGUUCUACAAGCUCUACCACCAUGAGCUCUUCGCGGGCUUGCCAGUCGGGCUGCAGCUCAUCGGGCGCACGCUCGAGGAGGAGGCGGUUAUUGGUAUGACGGAGAUUGUGGAUGGUAUUGUAAAGGAUUAUAAGAAGCGAAACAAUCUCCAGUAAGUAUGUGUAUCAUAGUAUUGGCGAGCGGAUGUUGGUGAAAGGGGGGUUAUACCCAGAGAGCUGGGCGUCAAGCGUGCAUCUAGGUUGUAAUUUGUAUCAUGAUCCUGUACUUACGUGCAUGUACCCAGCCACUAUGUAGGCAAACGCUCUAGGAAACGAUUACUCUGG